AUGUCCGAUUUCAAACGGUCCUCCGGCCUUGAUUUCAAAGAUCGUAACCCAUUCAGAGACCAAGACCCCUUCGUCGACGGCGCGGGUGACUAUGCACUACCAAACCACCUCCAGCGUAACAAAACAGAACGCUUCCGUCUUCAGGGUAUCCAGCAACCUCUUCCAAAUGCUGGCAUUGGUGCCCCCAAAGUUCCUGAUGGUCCUCGAACUCUCGGUCAAAAGUUUGACCUGUGGAUGAUCAACGAGGGUGGAAAACGCCUCUUUUUCUCUGCUUGGAUCUUUUUUCACAUGCUUGUUAUUGCUUUCGGUUUCAUGAACUACCAGCUCAGUGACGACCUCACUGGAGCCCGCGCAACGUUUGGCGUCACCUACGCUAUCGCUAGAUCUGCAGCACUUGUACUACACACCGAUGUCAUCUUUAUUCUCUUGCCAGUCUGCCGAAACUUCAUCUCCCUGCUUCGCAGAACACCCCUCAAUUCGUUUAUCCCAUUCGACAAGAACAUAACAUUCCACAAGGCAACAGCCUGGUCCAUGGUUGUCUUUACUCUAAUCCACAUCGGUGCUCACAUGCACAACUUUUACGAGCUCGCUCUCGCCGAUCCAGAUGCAAAUACAUUUGGCAAGCGUGUGCUCGUCUUCUUGCAGGCAAACUUUGCCACCGGUCCCGGUGCUACGGGUUGGAUUAUGACUAUUGCAUUGGGCGUCAUGGUCUGGUUCGCUAUGGAGAAAAGGCGCCGUGCUAACUUUGAGAGGUUUUGGUACACACACCAUUUGUUUGUGGUCUUCUUCCUCGCUUGGCAGUUCCAUGGUAUGUGGUGCAUGAUCAAGCCGGACAGAGAACCAUUCUGUUCCUUCAACUCUAUUGGUGUCUUCUGGCGAUACUGGCUCAUCGGUGGCCUCAUUUGGACAUACGAGCGGAUAUUACGUGAAGUUCGUUCACGUCAUAAGACUUUUAUCUCCAAGGUCAUCCAACACCCAUCUAAAGUCGUUGAAAUCCAAAUAAAAAAAGAGAAGACCACUACUCGGGCAGGGCAAUAUAUCUUCAUCUCUUGCCCAGAGAUCUCCUACUUCCAGUGGCAUCCCUUCACCCUUACGAGCGCUCCUGAGGAAGAUUAUAUUUCUGUGCACAUCCGUGUCGCCGGCGAUUUCACCGCUGCGCUUGCCAAGGCCGUCGGCUGUAACUUCGACUCCAAGGAUGUCGAUGCCAGCGGUGGGAAGGUUAUUGGCACGAACACAAAUCCGCCGCUCAACCGUGUGCUCCCUCGUAUCAUGGUUGACGGUCCGUUCGGUAGUGCGAGCGAGGACUUUUUAAAUUAUGAGACUGUUCUCCUUGUCGGUGCUGGCAUUGGUGUCACGCCCUUCGCUUCCAUUUUGAAGUCCAUCUGGUACCGCAUGAACAACUUGAACAACUCCAAGCCUACCCGUCUCUCCAAGGUCUACUUCACUUGGGUCAUCCGCGACUUUGGCAGCGCCGAGUGGUUCCACUCGCUACUGCAGGCUAUCGAAGAGCAGGACACGACAAACCGAAUCGAGAUCAAUAUCUACCUUACUGCAAAGAUCAAGGAGGAUGACAUGAACAACAUUAUAGUCCAAGAUGUCGGUGCAGAGAAAGACGCUAUUACUUCGUUGCGUGCUCCUACUCACUUCGGCAGGCCAAACUGGGACAAAGUGUUUAGUUCCAUGGUUGAAAAGCACCCCGAAACUGAUGUUGGAGUGUUCUUCUGUGGCCCCCCAGUGCUCUCCAGGCAGCUCCACCAGAUGUCCAACAAAUACUCCAAUCCCAAAGGCACUCGCUUUUUCUUUGGCAAGGAGAAUUUCUAG